AUGAAUUGCGACGCCAUCCAAAACGUCACCGAACGCCAAGACAACGAAAUCAACAAUCAAAUAAGUCAUGAUAGGAGCUAUGCUAUGAUUCAGCAAGCCAAUGCUAAUCCUAGUGCAGAAAAUAACCAUCAAGCCUCCGCCAAUACUGAUCCAUCAUCCUUCAAAGAUGAUGAUGAUCCAUCUGUAGAUGAAUUGGAAGAAGGGGAAGUCAUUUCAUCGUGCGAAUCGGAUGGGGAAUUGAAAAACGAAACUCCGAACCAAGAAACGCCUGAUCGUAACUACCAGGACAAUGCUGCUACUUUUUUCUCUCCUUCACUACCUGCUCAAGGAGAGAACAAUCAUGACAGUAAUUACAAUACUGACCAUCAUUACCCUGAUGUCAAUAGAAGUCAGCGAUUUUGUGCUUAUCCUUCACUCAACGAAGAUAAAUUAAACCAAUUGCAAAACGAUCAAAGUAGUAAACCGCCAACAAAGAAAAAACGCGAGAAUCGCUUUAGUAAGAAAAAACCCUCCAAGAAUGCCCGUCGAAAUAAAGCAGCACGACAACGUGCUCGCACCGCUGCUGCUGCUACUGCGACUCCCACUGGCGCUGGUCGUGGUAGUUUUCAUGCAAAAGCAAAGAAUAAAAAUAAGAAAGCACCACCACCACCAGUAGAAUCCAAUCAUUUCCCUCCUGGACCUGACAUGGUUCAUGGUAAGAAAGGCAAACCAUCACUGCAAGCAUCAUCUCUUCUUUCUCGACCAUUACAUCCUAACCACGAUUCUAUGCCACGACCAGAAACGAUCUAUCGUCGAGGACCUAUGGACGAUGUCGAAAACCCUAUCGACGACUACGCGUAUACAACUGGUGGCUAUCUGGAAGCAAUGCAUCCCCCUGUAGACAAGUUUGGAAGAAAUUUACCCGCGCCAUCCAAUAUGCCUCCAAGAUUUCACGGAUUUGAUAUGGGGCCUGUAAUAAAUGAUAAUCAAAUUGAUCUCAGAAAUCAACUUGGCGAUCAUAAUCCUCCGUUACCUCCACCACCACCACCUUUUUCGACAUUAAAGCAACCGCCUAUACUAGGACAAAGCGUAGAUGAUAAUAAUUUCAAUGAAAUUGAAAUACAACAAUCUCGCAAGAGACAAGCUGAACAUGAAGUCAAACCACGUUUCCAAAAGAGACAUAAAGAUAAUAAAAUGAAGCCAAUACCUAAAGUUGUAUGUAAAUAUUUUCAAGAAGGGCGUUGUUCUAAGGGCGAUGAGUGUACGUUCGCUCAUGAUGGAAUACCUUCCAUUAAGAAGAGGCAAGAACUCUGCAAAUCAAGUGUUUGCCUUAACUUCUUCAUACAGAAUUUUCCCUGUAAAUUUUUUCAUACUAACUCGACAUGUUAUUCCGGUGAUAAAUGCAAAUUCUCUCACGCUGAACUAAACGAUGAAGGACAUCAGUUACUGUCACAGUUUCUUAAAUCAAGCAGAGAAUCUGAUGAACCCAUAGAUCCUAUAGGGCCUGAUGAUCGUAGCAAUGAUGGCGUCAUCGCUGCUCCGAAAAUUUUUAAUUCUCUAAAUGAUUCAUCUUAUCAAGUGCCAUCAAUAAGAACCAAUGAAUCGGAAAAACUAUCUCAAAAUUUCCCAGAUCGAGCGUUGCCUGAAAGAAUUAGUAACAUUCAACUUCCUUAUGGAAAUCGUAUGGACGAUAUGGAACACAAAGAUAACACAUCCAGACCUAUCAAAAAUGAAAGUCAACCUGCAAGAAGUACUAGUACUGUUCGAGAUCCCAGAUUAAGACAUCUACAAAAUGCGGGUAGUGAUCUUACUAAUAAAACUAGAUCUGUAAACAUGGAAGAUAAGAUGGAAAAUCGAAAUGAAAUAAGAGAUAGACCAGGACUUACUGACGAACGUAGGCUUGAACGAUCGUCAAAUUUGCACGCAACUACAAAGCAAGCGAUACCCAUUCGGGAUCCUAGGCAACAGCACCCUGGAAGUAGAAUACGAUCGAAAGAGGAUCUUCAUGGUCGUCCUCAAGCCAUAAAGGAAAGCCAUUUACUGCCAGAGCAAAAAUCAACGUCGCGUGUUCUUGCAAGUCAGCAACAGUCGGAAUCAUGGGAUGAUCUUGGAAGGAGAAAGAGAGCGGUUGAAGGCAAUAACCAACCUCGUACUGGUUACCGAUCAGCACCUAAUGAAGAUAAAAAUUUUGGUCCAUCUAGCUUGCAUCGCUCUGAACAAGAAUAUGCUUCAUUUCAGAGACAAAGAGCUCGAACUGGUGGCGCUAAUAAUCAAGUACUACCUGAUGACGAAGAAUCCUACGGAAAUUCAAGAUCAAAUCCAGUAGAUAAAUCGACACGCCAAGGAAAACAGGCUCCAACAUCUAGUGAAGUAUUUCAAGAUAUGAGAGGUUUAGGCCACCCUGGUCCUGAUUAUCCGUCACAGCGAUCACAUGAUAACAUUGCUCGAGAACCGUUACGUAAAGGUAGUGGAUUUACACCAAUGUCACAUCCAGUAUAUGAGGAACAAUAUAUGAAACCGCCCGCUGGAAGAUCAGUUGGAGAGUUGUCAAGAGCUCCGAGACCUCGUAUACCAGAAGAUCCUAGAAACGUAAGACCUGGAUUUCAAGCGCACGGUACUAAUCCCGAAUCAUCAUUACCUUCGGAGGACAGCUAUAAUGAUCAUCAGCAUAAAAUACCUGACAACAUGGCUUUAAAACAACGAUAUAGAAAAAAUGAUCCUGCGAAUAUGAAAAAUCAAGCACAUACUCAGCAAUAUUUGGAAGAACAUAAAUAUGGCGAUAAUAGUAGCGUUGAAGCUAAGCCAAGAUCACAGCAAUUCGAUCCACGAAAAGAUGAUAGACAAUUGAAAGAACCUACUGCACCAGCUAGGCGUGUAGCUGCUGGUACAACUCGACCGAAAGAUCCAAGAUUAGCGAGGUUGGAAAAUGUCGAUUCUGCGCAUGCAAAUCCUGCAACAGCUGAGAGAUUUCCGAAAGAUCCACGGAUAGGAGCACUAAAAGAUUUUGGUGCCCGUCGUCAGCCAACUACUGAAGCUUCUAUUAUUAAAGACCCAAGACUGCAGUACUAUGAUUCUCCAGGAGAUACUGACUCCCAUAAUAAACCUGUAAACACAAAUACGUUACCUAAAAAUAAAACUUCAAGUAAAGAUAUAGAACAACCUUGGGACACUGGAAAAAACACUGGGUAUGAGCGGGUAACCGAUAGUAAAGCUGAUGUGUCGAAGGAAGCGGCUGAAUCUGCAGAAUUAGCUCUCAAGUCCAGUGCAUUAUCAACAAGACAUAAAUUAAAUCCGGGCAGUACUAUCUCUGACCAAUUUCGUAUACUAGACCCGAGAGCCUCUAGUUUUGUUUAG